CAAUCUGUGUGCAGUUGUCAGUACGACAGCGCGGCAAGGCUAGCUUUGGGAGCGUAUCCAAGGCUAGCACCGACCGCGACCUCCUACUCGUCGUAUCCCACGCCGACACCCUCCACCACUGACCAAGGACCCUAUCCUAGCAUUGGAAUGGACAGCUCCGCGUUCUACCCUCCUUUGGGAAAUCCGUACGGAUUGAAGGACACGACGGGAAUGGGGAUGACGGCGGAUAUGGGUGCAGCAUGGGGCACGGCCGCCCUUCAACCUGCCGCCACGGGUUACUACCCCUACGAUCCAACCCUGGCCGCCUACGGAUAUGGCGCCGGAUACGAUUUGGCAGCGCGGCGGAAAAACGCGACAAGGGAGUCGACGGCCACGCUGAAGGCAUGGCUGAACGAGCACAAGAAGAAUCCUUAUCCGACCAAGGGCGAGAAGAUCAUGCUUGCGAUCAUCACGAAGAUGACACUGACGCAGGUAUCCACUUGGUUCGCGAACGCGCGGCGGCGUCUGAAAAAAGAGAACAAAAUGACCUGGGAGCCGAAAAACAAAACCGACGAUGACGAUGACGCGGUUCUCACAGACUCCGAGGACAACAAGGAGAAGGAUGAUCUCGCGGGUGACAAUCAAGGCGACAGAGUCGGAGAGGACGCGAGGAGAGGCCUCGAGGAAAAUGAGCCGAUGAGGCAUGUGAAAGCGGAGCACUUGCAGCACGACAAGGACCUGGACGAGGAGGACGACCUCGAUCUCGAGGAGGAUCCCCGCCGGGGCGAGCAUCCGUUUCACCACGCGAUGCAGCACCACCACCACCACCACCAAGCAUACCCCGGCGAGGACCACCUCAAGGACGAGGGGAUCGUCAAAACCGACUGCAGCGCGGCAGGCGUGCCGAUACCCGCGACCAAGCCG